AUCGCUUGAACAGUGGAGAGUUGUCAGGAUUUAGGUUUGGAGUGUGUGGAAAGGAGAACGACGGCGGCUAUUUUUGUGCAAUGCCGAAUAAAGCGAAAAAAGAGAAGGAGUCUCCUAAAUCUGGAAAAGUUGGUAAAACUGGAGGACAAGAGAACUCAGACCAUGAGCAGGGCUCCAACAGAAAAGGCAGUAACAGUGUCCCUCCUACCACUCAGCUGCUGAAGGGCAAGCAGCUGGGUUCCCAGACGCCUGUCAAGAAGGACAAGAGGCAGAGCUCAUCCCGCUUCAGCCUCAGCAACAACAGAGAGCUGCAAAAGCUGCCCGCCUUCAAAGAUGUCCCUCCGGCAGAGCAGGAGAAGCUGUUUGUCCAGAAGCUGCGUCAGUGCUGUGUCCUGUUUGACUUUUUGUCGGAUCCUCUGAGCGACCUGAAAUGGAAGGAGGUGAAGCGGGCGGCGCUCAGCGAGAUGGUGGAGUACAUCACCCACAACCGGAACGUCAUCACAGAGCCCAUCUACCCGGAGGUGGUGCACGUGUUUGCAGUGAACAUGUUCAGGACGUUGCCUCCAUCAUCCAACCCCACAGGGGCUGAGUUUGACCCGGAGGAGGAUGAGCCCACGCUAGAGGCCGCGUGGCCACACCUACAGCUCGUCUAUGAGUUCUUCCUCCGGUUUCUAGAGUCUCCUGACUUUCAACCAAAUGUAGCCAAGAAGUAUAUCGACCAGAAAUUUGUAAUGCAGCUAUUGGACCUGUUUGACAGUGAAGACCCCAGGGAAAGGGACUUUCUAAAGACAACUCUGCAUCGCAUCUACGGCAAGUUCCUGGGCCUGAGAGCGUACAUCAGGAAACAGAUAAAUAACAUAUUUUAUAGCUUCAUUUAUGAAACGGAACAUCAUAACGGAAUAGCAGAGUUAUUGGAAAUAUUAGGGAGCAUAAUCAAUGGGUUUGCCUUACCGUUGAAAGAGGAGCACAAGAUAUUCCUGUUGAAAGUGUUGCUGCCUUUACACAAAGUCAAGUCCCUUAGUGUCUAUCACCCACAGCUGGCGUACUGCGUGGUGCAGUUUCUAGAGAAGGACAGCACCCUCACAGAACCGACAGUGAUGGCUCUGUUGAAGUACUGGCCAAAGACCCACAGUCCAAAGGAGGUGAUGUUCCUCAACGAGCUGGAGGAGAUUUUGGACGUCAUCGAACCCUCCGAGUUCGUGAAGGUCAUGGAGCCCCUCUUCAGACAGCUGGCCAAGUGUGUGUCCAGCCCGCACUUCCAGGUGGCAGAGAGAGCGCUGUACUACUGGAACAACGAGUACAUCAUGAGUCUGAUCAGUGACAAUGCCGCCAGGAUCCUCCCUAUCAUGUUCCCCUCGCUCUACCGCAACUCCAAGACCCACUGGAACAAGACGAUCCACGGUCUGAUCUACAACGCCCUGAAGCUCUUCAUGGAGAUGAACCAGAAGCUAUUUGACGACUGCACACAGCAGUUCAGAGCAGAGAAGAACAAAGAGAAGGCCAAGUGGAAAGAGCGAGAAGAAGCGUGGGUGAAGAUCGAGAAUCUGGCCAAGUCCAACCCUCAGUUCCUGGUGUAUGUGGACCCGUCAGGCCUGGGUAGUCCCAUGGAGACAGACGGACCAAUGACGAUGGAGGACUUCAACAUGCUGAAGAGGACUAUAGAGGAUGAGGCCACACAGCUCCAGAGAAACGAGCGUAAGGAGCGUCCGCUGGUCAGGAGGAAGUCUGAGCUGCCUCAGGACAUUUCCACCGUCAAAGCCCUGGAGACGCACCGGAGGGCCGAGGACAUGGUCACACCACACGACGGCCACUAGAGACCCCACACACACAGUACAGUCCGAUGCACACUGACGGACACAAUAGGACGGAUGGACAUGACGGACGGACCAGCACCCAAAGGCCCAGAACAGUCCAGCACAGAAGAGAACAGAAUGACCUGGCUGAAAAAAAAAAGCUGCAGCUCAAACCAAAUCAGCACAACUCUACUUUGCCCAGUCCAACUAUGACAAUUGCUCCCCAGUCCACUCCAGCCCUGCGCAACAGAUGUCAAUGGCACAUGACAUUAUGGCAUUAUGGCAUGACCAAACAUGACAUUGUUUCUCUCGCCCCCACCUCCUUAUCCUUCUCUCUGUCCCGCUCUCGCUGUCUUGUAAAAGCGCUCCAGGGUGCAGUGGUGCCCCCUUCUGGUAAUUUCUCUCAGGUCUUCUUUUCUUGUUUUUAUUUGUUGGUUUGUUUCUGUCGUUCUUUUUCUCUCAUUCAAGAUGUCAUGUGUUUUGGCAAUAGGACUGGCAGACAGACAUGUAUUAUAGGCGCAUACUGUACGUAAUGGGCGGAGGAAGAAGCAGCUUGGUAGGGGAACACUUUCUCUCUUCUUUUCUUUCUAUCUCUCUCUACUUGAGCAUAGAAAGGAAAGCACCGCACUUCUUCCUCGGAGCCCCAUUACAGCUACUAUUGCCAUGAGCUUUACCUUUCUCUCUCUCUCUAUGUAUUUUUCUUUGUUCUGCUAUGACUGAUUUAAUAGGAGGGGAAGCAUUGGGGACAGUCAGCGGACUGUGUCUGUUGGUCAACAGACGUUGUAAUAAAGUUUUGUGGAUCUAAAUGUGCUGGCCUGAGGAAGGUUGAGGCUGAGGGACAGGAGGGGGUUCUUCUGUCCUCUACUGGACGUCUGCUGGUCUGUACAAACCUAGUUUGGUGCCAACUUCACUUUCUUUCUUUUUUGCUUAUCCCCCCCUUUAUUUUAUCUGUAUGAUAUUGUAGGCAAUAAGUUGACCCAGGUUGCAGUGUGUUUGGGUUGUUCACACAAUGGUCAAUGGUUUCUAAGCCCGAGGACACAGCACAUUCAUGGUUUUCUGGAUCCAUUGAAGUUUACUGUCCAUGUAAACACGAAAGACAGACUCGUCCAUCUGUGCACUUCACAAUCCCUAUCAGUCUUUCAGUCUUCAUUAAUAAUCAGUAUUGAUCAAUAUUAUCCAACUCCUGUCAUGUUAUUGUUGUGAAAACUUCAAGGUCUAGUUUUGUAGUUCAGUGUUUACAGACUCCCAUUUGAGUUUUAGGAUGUGAGUGGGACAAGAGGAACUAAACUGGGCUACACACAGAGGAAUACUCAUCGCUGGUUUUUCUAAUCUUCAUAACCAAGACCCCUUUCUUUUUGAUGUUGCUGCUAUGUGUUAGCAAGUAGUAGCCUAGUUCAGUCAUAAAGACCAUUCUGUCUGGAGAAACUGAGUUGAAUUUGAACACAAGCCUUUCUUUUCAUAGUGCCUUUAUUGUACAAGGGGGGACAUCAUCCUAAACUGAGAAAGAAUAGAAUAGCAACGUUAUCUGAAUGCCAAACCAUGUUAAAUUUAUCAUUAGCUUCCCAACAGACUAGAGAGACGCGUCAAAACACACCGAGAAACACACACUGCCCUAGAAUAUUCCGUAUUUAUUUACAUCCGUGUCGAGUGUAAAACGCGUACGAGCUGUUUAACUAGAGUUACAUGCCUUGUUAAAUCUACAAAGCAGAUGAUGGUGGUUAAGCUAGAGAGGAGUGGAGUAGUCUCAAUGACUUAACAUAGAAGCACUUCCUGAUUUAAAACUUGGAAGAAUAAAAAGAUCCAAAAUGAGUUGAAAUCAGUCAUGCUAUCUGGUCUGCUCGGUUCUGUCAGUUCCUCUGUGUGCCUGAUAAAUAACGUGUAUAGAAGGAUGCUUCCCAAUAACCUCUUAUUCCCUGUUCCAUUUAGGUUCUGUCCCAAAUGGCAUCUUAUUCCCCUAUAGACCGUGGUCAAAAGUAGUGCACAAAAUAUAGGAAAUAAUGUGCCAUUUGAGACGCUGCCAAGAGUAUUGAUGUGUCUGUUGCAGUACCAUUGUUUGAGCCCACAGACAGACAAGGACUCUGGCUGUAUCCCUGUAGAGAAGCUCACUAUUCAGGUGGUGCUGCUUUGUAUGUGAGACACUGCUUCUGGAUGCUUGCAAGGUCUCUUCCUUUGCCUGCAAAAACUCUUGUCGAUGUUCAGAUUGAAUGUGCAAAUUGUAAAUAUACUACAAUUACUACCAUGGUCACGUUUUGCUGUUUCUUUUUUGAUUAUUUUAUUUCUUAAAGAAUAACAUUCACCAAUUUAUGCCAUCCCCUCCCACUCCAACUAUUCUGCUGUAAAUUGACUAAAAGGAAGUCUAGAGUGCCUUUUUAUAGAUGGCACAAACAACUGGAUGGCACCAGGGUUGUGGUCAAUUCAAUUAUACAAUUUCAUAAAUUAGGAAGUAAACUUAAAUUUCAAUUCAUUGCUUCUCAAAGGGGAGACUUGGCUCUUCAGUUGACUUCCUGAAUUGACAAUGUAAAUAGAAUGGAGUCCAUCCCUGACUGUUCCCAAUGUCCUGAGAACAGAGGACAUCACAUUGGUGACUGUUGUUCUUCAUCAAAUGGCUUUAAUAUUAUAGCUUCUUUGGAGCCCUCUUUAUUUUACAUAAGCUUAUGUUUUGUUUUUCUUUCAAAAGAAUAAUACUGCAAGUGUCCUUUUAGUAUACAUCCUGUACUAAAUGGCUUCAUCUACUAUUGUACAUAUAAUGUACUUUUAUUUUAUGUUCUGUCUAUUAUUAAAUGGUAAAUUCCAUAUUUCGUACAUUUGUACAGGAAACGAAGGUUAUUAGCUACUGCAGACAUUUGGGAUGUGGCACAGACUACAACACGUAACUAUUUUGGAUUUAGAACCGUUAAGAAUUUGGAUUCUAAUAUUUUCUAUUGAUUUGUAAUUCAAAAUUGUUUGUUUCAGCAUUUUAAAAAAAAGUAUGUGAAGAGAUCCAACAUACAUGAGCUUUUUGUGAGCGCUUUUAUCCAAAACCAGCGGUGUACAUCUACCUAUAUAUAGUAAAUAAAGACGUGUUUUUAUAUUUUCA